ACUAUAUUUUCUCGUAUUACAGAAAUAGUUUCACCAACGGAUUCUUGUUGAUUCGCUUAAAAUGGUCGAUCCUAUUCGUAAAUGUUGAAAGAAUAAAAAAAUCAUAUAAUUUCAAAGAAGUAAUCUAAAUCUCAGCUAUCAAUUAAGCAACGUUUCUGGUUCGUUUUGAGCAAUUGCAAUGGUUGCUACCAUCAACAACGUGAUAUUUUCUUCUGUUCUUGCGCUCGGUGCUCUCUUUCUUCUUGUUCCUACUGUUUCAUGCAAUGCAAAGCUUCUUGAGAAAUGUGGGAUCAAUACAAUUUAUCAACUUGGAGAUUCAACAUCAGACACAGGCAAUCUCAUUCGCGAGAACCCUCAAGCUGGGUGUUCUCGCCUUCCCUAUGGACAAUAUUUUUUCAAGAAUGCCACUGGUAGAUGUUCAGAUGGGUUACUAAUAAUCGACUUUUUCACAAAAUCAGCUGGUGUUCCCUUUCUUGAAGCCUACUUGAAUCCGAAUCCACACACUCGCUAUAACGGAUUGAAUUUUGCGGUCGCUGGCGCUACUGCUUUGCCUGCGCACGUUUUAGCAGAAAGAAAUAUUCCAUCCCCAGUAACCAAUAGUUCUUUGAGUAAACAACUUGACUGGAUGUUCACCUAUUUCAACAAAACAGUAUGCAACAAUACAGGCUAUUUGAAGAGAGUUAACCAGACUCUCUUUGUGGUUGGGGAGAUUGGAGGAAAUGACUAUACCUAUGCACUGUUUAGCGGCAAAGCUCUUGAGGAGGUAACGGCUUUGGUACGAGAUGUUGUCCAAGCCAUCAAGGAAGCUAUUAAAAGAAUUAUUGGUUAUGGAGCUAGAAGAAUUGUUGCUCCUGGACACUUUCCAAUAGGAUGCUUGCCGAUCUAUUUGACACAAUUUCAGACCAAUGAUUCUUCUGCUUACGAUGAGUUUCACUGCCUGAAGGAGUUGAAUAACCUGGCAAUUUAUCACAACCAGCAUCUUCAACAAGCCCUCAUAGAAUUAAUAAAAGAACACCCAAAUGUAACAAUAGCAUAUGGUGAUUAUUAUAAGGCAUACAUGUGGACUCUGCAAAACGCUCAUUCGCUAGGUUUCGAUGCCACAAUGGUGCAAAAAGCUUGUUGCGGCAUUGGUGGGGAGUAUGAUUUCACUCUCACAAAGAUGUGUGGAACUCCAGGCGUACCAGUUUGUGGAAAUCCCUUUGAACGCAUCAGCUGGGACGGAAUUCAUUUGACCCACAAGGCCUAUGAUCAAAUGGCAUCUUGGGUCAUCCGCUACAUCCUCCCAAAGUUUCAAUGUAGUAUUGCUUGAACAUGAGCACUCAAAAUAAAGUGACUCUGAUUAAUAAAAUAUUACUUCAUCAGAUCUAUGACCAAGCCGUUCGUAGAAGAGAAUGACCAGUCAGUUUUGUCGUGUAAAUUAUAAGUUUAAUAUAUAUAUUCUGAC